GCACAACUUGUUUGUUCAAGGCGGUGGAAAUUCUAUGGAAAGAGAAGAGCGAAUUGAUCGAUGGAGAAGAAGAGAAGAAUGAAAUUGGGUUUGCGUGGAGGAAGAGAGGAGUGAAUAAAAUAUUGAUCCUUUAUACUUGGACGACUUGUUUUCGAUUAUGGGCUUUCUUCUUCUUCUACUUCUUCUUCUUGCUUGCCGAUACUCUUUACCAAAGCAAAAUCAACUUUGUAAUUUCUUACUCUUUUCUGACGACACGAUUAAAUUUAUUACUUUGUAGGUUUUUAUAUUUUUUAUUGUGAUAUAUUAAAAACAAUUUAAAUGAUUUAUCUGAUGGUCUAGUUGUUUUUUAGUAGGCUAUCGGCCCAGUUCUGUAAAUCAAACCGCAACAAAAUGAUCGUUGAAUUCUUUUUGAUUAAAUUUUAUAGCUCAAUUUUUGUCUCCCAACAAUUACAGUACACAAUUUUUCAAACUACCAUAAAAUAGCAAUUUUUUACAAUAUUAAAAAUAAUAGUUUUACGCAUAUGACAUUUACCAUUCUAUUUAUUUAUAGAAACAUAAGUGAACGAGUCUAAAUCUUUCACGUAUUAGAUGAGCAAAAAAAUGGAAAUUUUUCAAAAUUAGAUUCGGUUAAAGCGGGACAUAAUAAAGUGAAUUGCUUAAAUUAGCUAUUUUAGCUAUAUAUAUGCAUGUUACCAAAACAAAAAAAUACAUCACCUUUCCUUUUAGAGUUUAAAAUCAUUAUCAAUUCACUUCUGUCAUAUAUGAUGAAGCAAACCCCUCAACUCUCGUUUACAGUUUUUACUAUCUUCAUCAUUCUUGUGCUAGGUUUGUAUUUAUAUUUUAAGUUUAUCUUAACAUUUACAUAUACUCGUUAUAAAGAACGAUGGCAAGAAAAGGGCAAAUUGUGUGAUCAAAUACAACUCCCUGUAAACAAAGAUGGGUUGUGUGUUGAUUCUGAAUGCCAAAAUAAGUGUCGCGAGUCAAAAGGACCGAAGGGGAUGAGUAAAUGUUUUGGGUCAAAAGCCAAAAAAUCUUUGAAUUUCUAUUGCGGAAUUCCUUGUUAACGUGCUGGUUAAGUAUGGUGAAUAAAUAUGAUGCUUAACUAUGAUAUCGUUGAAGUAUUUUUUUUUCUCAGUUUUUUUUCCUGUACUAGAAAAACACUAUAAUAUUUUUAUUGGAAGCCUUAUAAUAAAGUAUUGAAAUGUUUGUUUCGGAUUUGUUGCAUUAUAUAUAAUAAGGAAUAACAUAAAUUUUAAUCAAGACACAAUGGUUUAGUAUAAUCAGUGAACUUUUAACUUUUUAUUGUAUUUAGUUAAUUCCGGCCAAUUGAACUUAAUAUCUUGUUCACUUACUUUUUCUAUUUGGGCUAAAAUAAUAUUACCGUCCACAAAAAUAAGAAUCUGAAAGUAAAAAUUAACUUUCUGAUUUUUAUUUAAAUAUAUCAAUGACAAAGCAUUCUUUAAAAUCCAACUCCAGUGAAAACAUCGUACGUUACUGAAGGAAAGAAAGACAAGUGAAAAACGAAUAAUUAAUCCCCUAGACAUUAUUUGAGAAGUAAUUUAUCAUAUGUCAUCACCAAAAUGAUUUUGAAAGAAAAAUGAUGACAUGGAGUAUAGCUAAUUAUGACAAGGAUAUUUACAUUUAAUGUUAUUUAUAUUUUUAGUAAGUUUUUUAGAAUAAGGUAAUACCACAUAAAUAUAACUAAUUUAAAAAUAAAUAAUAUAAUAAAAAUUAAAAAUAAUAAUAUUUUUUAAAAAUCGAAAUUUAUAUAAUUCCGUUUUUAUAUUUUUAUUAUAAAAACAAAUCGUCAAAAUUUUAUGAAGAUUGUUUUUAAAAUUAAUUGUAAUUUUUAAUCCCACUACCAUUAAUUUCUUUUUAAUAUCUACAAAUUUUAGAAGUAUUAUUUAGUUUUAAUUUUUGAAAAUUAUACCUAACCAAAAUUUCUCUCAAAUUAAUAGAAUUUGAUUUUGUAUAUUUUAACAAAGAAAUAGAUAAAAAGUAUUUCCAAGAUUGUAGUUUUAAAUAUAUAUACAUAUGCCAUUAAAUAUAUAUUUUAAGUGAUUUUUUUCUUAAUUUUUACGUUAUUAAAUUAAAAUUUAAAAUGAAAUAUUGUAUGAAAAUAAUAAAAUUUAUAAAUUAACAAAUUAUUUUAAAUGAUUUAAGGAUUAAGACUUUUAUUUUUGGUGGUGAAGGAAAACACUUAAUUUUAUAGUUAAUGAAGAGAUUAUUAUAUAUUAUGGCAUACCUAUGAAUUAAAAGAUUCGUAAAAAAUAACAUUUGUGUAGACAACAAAGAGAAAAGUAAUUUUACUAAAAAUUAUAUUAUAAACUUAAUAUACAUAAUCCACUCAUAACGCAGACAAAACCUUUAUUAGUUUCUAUUAAGAACUUGAAUAGAUGUGUCGCAAGUUUCAUAAUACUUUUUAAUUAUAUUGAUAUUAUUAUAUUUAUAUCUUAACUGAAUAAUAUUUAACUCUGACCCACUUAAUAUGUCAUUCUCAAAUGUAGAAUUGUAACUUUUAAUUUCGUGUUUCUUUUGUUAACAUUUUAUAUAUUUUUUGUGCACCAAGUUCCUAUAUAUUUACAAUUAGAUAUCAUAUAUGCCGAAUUUUUUUGGAAGUGGGACCCCAUAAACUGGAGGCCCCAUUCAAAUGUUUUAAAAUACUACAUACAAGCUCGACUCUGGACUUGAGUUGCGUAAGACCGCAAACUAAGGUGUGUUUGAUCUGUGUUUGAUUGAUCUGCACCCGACUAGCACAUGAUGUGUAUAUCUAACUGAGCAGUACUGCAUUACCCGACAGAAGCAUAUAUACUGAAGACAUCAUUGAUCCCACUAUAUUGCAAACUAGAACCCUCAUAUUCCAAACAAAUGAUAACUAAAAGAAAGUAAUGGAUUGGGUCGAGGCACCGGUCUAGGCUAAAAUGACUAGUUGGUUUUUAUUUUUUAAUGUGUGAGGCCAUUGAACGUUAUUUUUUAAUCAUGCUACCUCUUCGUAUGUUUUAGAAGAUGAAGACAAAUUAUGUGAAUACCGAAAAAGAAAGGAAAUAAAAUAAAAAUAAAUCACAAAAAAUAAUAGUAUAUUUCAUUUUUAGCGAGAAACUGUAUCUAUGGAAAGAGAAGAAUAAAUUAGAUGAAGAGAAUACUUUUACCUUACAUAUAAAAAAGGAAAAGAAUAAAAUAGACGAAGAUAAUAUUACUAUUUUUACCCAGACAUAUUUUUUACAUAGAGAUUAAUUAAACAUCUCAAUGUUUUAUAUCAAACUGCAACAAAAUGAUCUUUGAAUUUUUUUUGAUUAAAUUUUAUAGCCUAAUUUUUGACUCCCAACAAUUACAGUACACAAUUUUUCAAACUACCAUAAGAUAGCAAUUUUUUUACAAUAUUAAAAAUAAUUAGUUUACGCAUAUGACAUUUACCAUUAUAUUUAUUUAUAGAAACAUAAGUGAACGAGUCCAAAGCUUUCACGUAUUAGAUGAGCAAGAAAAAUGGAAAUUUUUCAAAAUUAGAUUCGGUUAAAGCGGAACAUAAUAAAGUGAAUUGCUUAAAUUAGCUAUUUUAGCUAUAUAUAUAUAUAUAUUCAUGUUACCAAAACAGAAAAAUACAUCACCUUUCCUUUUAGAGUUUAAAAUCGUUAUCAAUUCACUUCUGUCAUAUAUGAUGAAGAAAACCCCUCAACUCUCGUUUACAGUCUUUACUAUCUUCAUCAUUCUUGUGUUAGGUUUGUAUUUAUAAUUUAAGUUUAUCUUAACAUUUACAUAUACUCGUUAUAACAUAAACUGAUCUUGAAUAAUGUGAUUUUGAUAUUUUUAAAAUAUCAUUCAGGCUAUAUUUUGUAAAAUACAUCAUAAUUUAUAUAGUGUAGAAGUUGUUAUUUCAAGUAUCUCUUUUAUGUAAAUUUCAUAACAUACAUAAAAGCUAGAAAACCAAGUUUAGAGGUUUUUGUAUAAAUAUAUAUGGUCUUCAUAAUUUAU